AUGAAAAGUAUAUCAUAAAUUGUCUUGUCCUAGCUAGGUUGUCCUUAAAAUUGUGCUAAAUGUGAUCAAUUGAAUAACUGCAUCUAAUGCAUCUAGGGUUACUAGCUCUAAGCAGGUUAAAAUAUAUGUAAUCCAAUUUGCUAAUAUGGAUAGUAUUAUAAUCCUUAAUCUUAGACAUGUGUUUCAGUAUGCCCGUAUCAGUAUUUUAAUCAAGAUUCAUCACAAUCUUGCGUUUAGUUUACUCAAUGUCCUACUCUCAGCACUCUAGGUUAAGCAUACUACGACUAAUUCAAUUAAGCUAUUUAAUUAGAUAAUUUUCUUUAUACGAUAGGAAAUAACUUUGCGCAGAAUGACUAUUCUAUAAAAAUAUUUGAUACUGCCAACGAUUGCCAAUUUUAAGGAACAUUAACUGGACAUUUAUCUUCAGUAUUAUCUAUAGUUAAUUUUUAAGAUAUUGAUAAUUAAUCAAGCCAAAAAACCACAAAUAUAUUUUCUCUUUCUGCCAAUGAUCUUAUUAAAUGGGAUAUACAACAAGGAAAGUUAGUGAAUCAAGCUAAGUUUGGGUUAAAUUACUAUGCACCUUCAAAACCAUAUAUUGACAGUUAGGUUGUUUUAUUGCAAUAAAAUACAACUUACUUUGGAUCAUUUUAAUAUCAAUAAUAUUUCAAUAAUCCAGUUAGUUUAAGCGCUUAUAUAACAAUGUACUAACUUGUUCACUAGCUAAAUAUAAUUGGUUAUGCUCAAGAUUAAUCAGGAAUUCUUUAUAGCUAUUCAACAAUGGAACUUGUCAAAUAUAAUUCUUAAUAUCAAGGCUAAUUAAUUUGUUCUUUUAAUUAGAAUGUUUAGUAAGUGUAGUCUGUAGAUUCAAGUUUUUUAAUAAUUUUAUUUUAGUCUUCUUUUAACUUGCAAACAUAUUACAGAGGUGAGUGUGAUGAUUUAACAAUUCAGUAAAAUGAAUAAAUUACUAAUUUUUAUAUUGUAGAUGACCAAAAUUAUAUAAUAUUAGUUGAAUUUUAUACACAAGCUAUUCUUUAUUAGGUUAAUGAAUACGAUAGCAUUUCAUCGAACAUCUAAUCACUAAUUAAUUAAAUUAUUGUAAAUAAAUAGCUAGGAAAUAUAAUAUUACUUGGAUAAGGACUUAGCUUUUUGGAAAUAGAUUUUUCCAAAAAUAUUGUCCUCAAAAAUAUAGUUAAAAAAAAUAUUUCUCAAACUAAAACAGAACAUACAAAUAGCGUAAUAGGCUUUGUUAGUGAUGCCAAUAAUAAUAGAUUUAUUUCUUAUAGUUUAGAUGGUUCCUUCAUCAUAUGGUAAGAGACUGUAGAUUAAUUUAGUGGAUUAAUAAAGGUUAGGUUCGUCUUAUAGUAAUUUCACCCAAUUUGUGCCUCCAGUAUUUCUUCGUUUUGUCCAUACUAAAUGUAGUCAUUAGAAUUAGCUUAAAGUAAUUUACUGAUAGCUUAGUAUGUUAAUGAUAAUCGCGUAUACUUAUUUAAUUAUUAAUAUGAUGCUGUUUGGUUAAAUAAUACAUAUAAUCUUACUGAUCCUACUCUUAAGCUAAAUAAUUAUCACUUUUUAAAGAAAAACUUGACUCUUACCUUAUGUAAUGCCAAACAAAUAGCUGCUUUUAAUAUAUCAACAGCAAGUAUUAUUUACAACAAAUUACAAAUAAAUUAACCAUAUUUGUAUGGAGCGAUAGAUUUUUAGCCAACAAUAAAUGGUGCCAAAAUAGGUAAUUAUCUUAUUUAUAUUAUACAGUAAACUAGUUCCUUAUAAUAUCUAAGACUAGACUUAUUUCCUGCAGGAACAAACAGAAUUAAUUAAAGUAUUUCAAAGCCUAUUAAUUCUACUUACUAUAUCUAAGAGACAAUGGAAAUGAUAGUUAUAACACCUAAUUUCUUAUAUAUAAUGAAUUAAACUCUCUAUAUUUAUAACGUAGCUGUAUAAACUCCUUCUGCUAUUUCAUAUGAACCUUAAAGCAAGAAUCUUAUUAUAUUUUAAGCAAAUUAAAAAGCAACUUAUAUGACAAGGAGCUUAACAACUUACACAGCUUAAAGAUCUUUCACCUUUUCUAGUGUUAUAUCUAGAUAAGCAGUUAGUGCUAAUUCCCCAGAAAUGUAUUUUUUUUAUUAAAAUACUAUGAACAAAUAGCUUCAAAAUUAGAUAUACGCUCUUGGUCCUAACUUAGAUAUACAAAUGGUUGUAUCUUUUUAAAAUAAGAUAACUAGCUUAACUGCAAUUCAAUAAUCAUAAAAAAUAUAUAUUGGAUUUUAAAAUGGCGAUAUUUAAUCUGGAUACUUUAAUAACAACUACUUAUAAAACUAAAUUACUGUUGCUUCACCUUAGUUCUAAUAUGUUUAAGAAUUAAAUAGAGUAUACUAUUUUGAUAAAGAUAUAAAAUAUUUAUAAUUAUCUUCUAACACAGCUAUUACAGUUACUUCUGGAUAGUAAUAAUAACUAAAUGGAUUAAUUAUUGAUUAGGCAUUCUAAAAUGUUAUUGGAUUUACAAAUAGUAAUAUGUACUACAACUUUUUCAUCUUUGAUUUAAAUAAAAAUACUUUAAAAUAUAAUAUAACUGGAGGAAAUAAGCAAGGUACAACUUCAGCAUAUUUGGAUACAAGUAAUGGAUAUUUAAUAAGCUAUUACAAUGGAACAAAUUAGUUUUUUGUAUGGAAAUACCCUAAUAUUACUUACUUGUACUCAUGCCAAGACCAUAUAAAUAUUUACAAUGAUAUUGUGUCAGGUAGUGACUAGCCAAGCUCAAUUGUAUAUAACGUUGGUUAUAUAUUCUUAAUUCCUUAAUAAUAUAUGAUAUUGUCAACAAAUAACUAUGGAGGUAUUGAUAGAUAUUUUUACAAUACAAAUACUUCAAAUUAUAUCUAAUUGAACCCAUUUUCAAAGGUAUUUUUUGAUAACUAACAAUUAAUGCUUUAUGUUAGCUACUCUUCUUAAAUUUCUUAUUGCACUGUAAUAGUUUAUGACACAAACUAGCUUUAGCAACAAUACAUAAAUGGUAAUUCAUUUCUCAAAGAUAUAUAAGGAGUUAUAUUUUAAGGAAGCAAAUCAUAUAUUUAUGACUAAACAAAUUUAAAUGUAAUUGACAGGGUUAGCUUUAAGCUAUUAUUAACUAUUUCUUCAAAUAAUCCUUCAUUUUAAAGUGUAAUUAUCUCUGAUCAGCUAAAUUAUGUAUUUGUAUGGAAUAAUUAACAAGUUAGCAAAAAUUCAAAUAUAGCUAUAUUUAGCUUAGUUGAUGGAACUUAAGUUUUUACAAUUUCUAGUUAUUAGCAAAUCGAUUCAGGUAAUAUUGACACAGUUGUUCUUGAUGAAGAUUCUUAGCAACUUUUUAUUACUAAAGACUCUUAUUUCUUUAUGUUUUCGUUCGAUUUACAAUCAUUUAAAUACUCUGGAUACUAUUUAAUUGGUUAUGACACUGCUAUUACUUAGAUGUAAUUUCUUCCAAUUCAAAACAUGAUUGUUUUAUUAGAUGCUAGUAAAAUCAGUUUUAUAAGAUGCGAGACUUCUAUUAACACGAAGAAUAACUUCAGAUCAAUUUAUUUAACUAUGAAUGACGAUUAUUUUUAAAAUUAAAUUACUAAUAAGUCUUAUAUUUUAGACAAAUAGAAUACAGCUUGGUCUUAUGAUUACCAAAAUUUAUAACAAUCUUAUUUAUUCCAACUUGAUUAAAUCAGAUUAUCUACUUAGUGGGGUAAUAAUAUAUAUGUCAUUCUUAAUAAUACUUUGAUUUAAUAUGAUUUAAAUAUGAAUUAUAUAAACAACUACUCAGGCAGGUUUAAGAAUAUUUGGUUCGAUAAUAAUUAUAUAUUUUUAGAAUAAGUUACAUAAAGCAUAAUCCUUUUAAAUUAAACCAAUUUAUAGAUAAAUUAAUAUUUUACAACUAAACUCAGCUCUUAUAUUCAAAAUCUGUUGAUUAUCUAAAAUUUCACAGAAGUAAUUAUUCUUCUUUAGAACAAUAUUAUUUGGCACAUUAAUUACCUUACUGGUUCAGUAAUCAAUAAUUAUUAAGCUCCAAGUACUAUAAAUGCUUUGUAAUUUGAUUUUAAUGCGAUGACUCUGAUGUACAUAAAGCCUACUUCUGUAUAGUUUUUUACUAAUUUUACCUCAAACAGAGUAAAAUAUUAUAAUUUAUUUUCAUAACCAUACAACUCAACCCUUUCAAAUAACAUUACUAAUGUGAUUUUUGACUAUCAAAGCAAUCAAAUGAUAGUUAUAUAUAAGAAUUUAGCUUACCUUUAGGUACUUUAGUAUUAGUAUAAUUCAACAACAAACUUGACUUUAAAUAAUAUUGUAUUAAUUAGUCAAAUUCCUCUUCCACUAAGGACACCUGACCUUUAAGUGUAUUUAAAUGGAAAUUAAUUAUAAAUUGUUAGCCCAUGGUAAGCUGUUUUUUUAUAAAGGAAAUCUCUUAUUCCUAUAUCUUAUUUAAGAGAUAAUAGAUAUCUUAAAAGUAUUACUGGUUAUAUACCUUCAGACAGUUAACCUUAAUAUGGUUUAGUGACUUCAGAUUAGUUUUUAUAUUUAAUUGUGCUUAAUCCUUCAACUAAAAAGCGAAAUAUUUUAUAUAGCUUUUAAAUGACAUAUCCAAGGAUUAUAAUAUUCAAAAUAUAGAAUUAAGGAUAGGUUUUAUAAUUUAAUAUAGUUGGUGCAAGUAAUGGCGUAUUUUUUAGCUAUAAUUUUCUUUUACCUUCUAACUUAUAUUCAAUUUCUGCUAAUUCAAUACAAAUCUAGUCACAGUGCUUUGAAAAUUUAGGAUAAAUAAAGUAUAGCUAUAGCCUAUAAAACUAACUUACAACACUCUAAAAUUCCCUAAACUAAUUGUAGAUACAGCUGUAGUAAUCUUUGAUAUAUGUUAAUCCUACUGAGUCUUUUUAUGAGAAUACAUUUUUUUAAAAUCCAAACAAUAAGAUAGUCUAUUUAAAUUAAGAUGCAUAGAAUAACCAUAUAAUUCAAAUAAAAAAGGAUAGUUUUUAGUAAAAUUACUUGUAAAAUUUACAAAUAUCAAACAUGAUAUUUGAUAUCUCUAAUGCAAAUAAUGUAGGAUUCAACUAAAAUACAGUACGAAUAACUUUUUAAAACAUAACAAUUUCUAGCAAUGGUGAUGGAUUUUCUUUCGAUUUAUAUAACUUAUAGUAUUUGGUAAUAGAAAAUUUUUAAAUUAAUGACAUUUAACUGCAGAACAAUUCCAAGCUAUUUUCAAUAUCAAAUUGCUCUUAGGUUUAUUUCAACAACUUCACUAUAAGUAAUGUAGUGCUAAAAAAUUAGUCGAGCCUAUUUGAAUUCAUUAACUCAAACAAUAUAUUUAUUAAUAAUCUUACUAUUAAUAAUCUAGUUAUAGACUCUAAUUCAAAUACUAGCAAUGUUUUCCAUCUAUUUAACUUAAAAUAUAUUUAAAUUCAGAAUUGCAAUUUCUUUAACAUUUCUUCAUAAAACUAAUAAUUUUAGACUAACUUUCUUUUCUCAGAAGCAACCAAAUAACUGAAUUUACAGUAAAUUAAUUACUUAAACAUUGAAAGAAUUCCUUUUAUCUCAUUUGUAGAUAGCUAUAAAUAAGAUUAAUACUUAUACUAAAUAACACAUAAUUUUUUAUCAAUGAGUAAUAUAAACGCAACCUAAAUUUAAAAUUUAAAUUCAUCAUUAAUCAAUUUUGUUGGAAAUAGUUUUAUAGUAAAAAAUUCUUACUUUAAUAAUAUAAAUUGUAAUUCAUGCUUAGGGGGUGCAAUCUAUACCAAAAAUGCAGUUUAGUUUAAACUAAGCAAUUCAUCAUUAUAUAAAAUAAAUGCGUUCAUUGGAGGAGCAAUUUACAUUACCGAUUCUAAUUAUAAUGAAAUAGUUUUUGAAAACUGUAAUUUUAUAAGUAACUCUGCUAUAGCAAGCGGUGGAGCAAUCUAUUUAUAAAAAAGUGAUCUUAAAUUGCAUAAUUCAACUUUUAUAUAAAACCAAGCACUAGUUGGAGGUGCUAUUAGAUAUACAGAUAUUGAACCACUAUUUGCCUAUAAUUAAAUAUUAAAGCUAACUGAUGAUAAUAAUACUUUUGUAAAUAAUACUGGUACUAUACACACAAAUAAUUUUGGCUCCUACACACACUCUAUAUAAAUUUCAUCUGAAAAUUCAGCUAUGUCUUUAAUAGCUUCUAGAAGAUAGCUAUAACAUACAGAUACACAAUCUAUAUCUAAUGAUUUCUUAAUAAAUGAGUAUAAAAUAACAGAAUUUUAAAGUGGUGGAUCUGUUAAUUUUACCUUUAGAAUUUUAGAUUUAGAAGGAAAUCCAGUUAAUUUUAACUUAGAUAAAUAUAACAAUAAUGAAUACCCAGAUAUUAUUAAUUAAGAGAUAUCUAGCUAUGUAAUUAAUGCAAAUACAUUUUCUGAGGAAGUAAAGUUGUUCGGGCAGCAAUCAACUAACUAUCAACAAUUUAAUUAAACAACAAAUUCCUUUCUGAUAAGUGAUUUAAGUAUUUAUUCUCUACCUUAGACUGAGAAUUUAAUCUAUAUAUAAGUGCCUUCUAUCCAAAGAUUAGUUAAUUCUAAUUUAACAAAUAGGAGUUUUAGUCAAGGUCCUUUUUAUUCGAGAUUAGUAUUUUAAUUUAGAAAAUGUGUUGCAGGAGAAAUCUAUUAAGAAUCCAACAAAUUAUAUAUUUGCUCUGAGUGUAAAGACGGCUUUUAUUCAUUAGUUGAACCAAAACAAACAAAAUCUACCAUAUAAAAUUGUUAAAGAUGCCCAGAUGGAGCUUCUGAUUGCUAUAGAAACACAAUUAAGCUUAAAGAAGGAUAUUGGAGGAGUAGUAACAAUACAGAUUCUAUUGUUUAUUGCUCUAAUUAGCCAUCGAAUUGUAAUGGAGACGAAUCUAAAGGCUAUUGUAAAGAAGGAAACUUUGGACCUCUUUGUGAAAUGUGUGACAAUAAUGGAGUUCGUUGGGGUAGUCCAUAUAUGAGUAAUGGUAAAUAUGGUUGUGUCAAAUGCUCUACUUUAAUGAAUAAUUCUUCAUAUAUUUUACCAUCUGCUAUUGCAGGAAUAAUAAUGUUAAUUUACCUAAUUUUUAGUAUAAAAAUUGCAAUAAAUAUAAGUGAAAAUAUUGUAAUUGGAUUCUAUUUAAGGUGUUUAAAGCUCUUACCUAUUAGUAAAUCUGCUUAUCUCGAUACAACAAACAUGAAUAUAAAAUCUAUGAUGAACUACAUGCAGCUAGCUAAGCUUGUUAAUACCUUCUAAGUUUAGCUACCUUCUUGGUUACAAAUUUUACCUUAGUAUUUAGGUUCCCCUGUUGAUAAUUUUUUGUACACAUUUGACUGUUACCUAAAUAAAAUUGCUAGCAGUAAAAUUCCUCUGAUAUAUUUACGUACGGUAUGGACACUUGUUAUGCCAUUUUUAUAUAUCAUAGGAAUGAGUAUACUCUAUUUUAUAUUUGUAAAACUGAAAUGGGCUAAAUUUCAUAAGAAUCAUUUAAUUAGUGGUCUUGUGUUUUUGAUAUAUUUUUUGUAAUCAAAUAUGGUUUCUAAUUUGUUGAGUGUGAUGGCUUGCAGAGAAAUUGAUAAUUAAAAAUAUAUUCUAGCAGAUAUAACCUAUUCUUGCUAUACUAAAACUCAUAUUUAAUAUAUUUUUACCAUAUGCAUUCCUGGUUUAUUACUUUGGGCUGUAAUUUUGCCUGUUUUGAUUAUAAAAAAACUAUCAAAGAAUAAAAAUAACCUCGAAAACUCUAACAUAAGAAUACCAUAUGGCUUUCUUUAUCAAGAUUAUAAAUAAUAAUAUUACUAUUGGGAGUUUGUGAGAAGCUACUUAAAAAUUAUAAUCAUAGUUAUCAUGAACUUUUAUGGAGAUCCUUACAAUAAUAAGCUUGUAAUAGCUGCAGUUUUAUUCUUACUAUAUUUAGUGUUACUUCAAAAAGCAAAGCCCUAUAAUAUGAUUUACUAUCAAUAAGUAGAUAAAAGGAGCAUGGUUGUGUUAAUAAUUAUUAUUCUAAUGAAUAUUUUUUUAUAUAACAAACCAGACAUAAUUCAACAGCAACUCUUUUAUAUAAUAGUACUAGGAAUAGAUAAUUUAUAUUAAGCCUAUUUAGUAUUUGAAGUAGUUAAAAAUAAGCUUAUAAUAAUUUAUAAAUAUUAAAUAAGAAGCUUAAAACUUUAACUUUUAGAAUAUUUUCCUAUGCUAAAAAAAUAUAUCAAAAUAGACACAAAAAGUACUUUAGGGGUUUUCUACUAUUGGAGAUAGAUAAGAAAAGAAAUAAUAGAAAUGAAGAAAAAGAAAGUUGAGCAGGAGGUUAUUAUUUAAUAACACAUAACUUCUGUAAUGUGUUAGUAAUCAAAUAGUGGAAGAAUAUAAUUAGAAAAUCAUUAAAGUCCUCAUAGCAUGUUUAGUCAAUAAGACAUAUAUUCUUAAAGAAACAUUGGUUCUUUUCUCUUGUAAGACAAAGAGAAUGAUUGGCUUCAAAGCAACAUAAAUUCUAACUCUAAUUUGUAAAAUCAUGUGAAUAUUAGCUCAGCUAAAAAUAAUAAUACUUAAUAAAUUUAAAAGUCUGCUUUUUCAAAUAUUUAAGAAAAUAAUAUUAAUAGUAAAAAUGUAUAAGAUGAUAUACAAGAUAUGUAGAUUAUUUAAAGAAAAAAAUCAUUAAAAUCUUAAAAAGAGUCAUUUUAAAUUGUAAGUAUAAUAUAUAAGAACCUUAGAAGAGUCCUUAUUGAUUGUGAUCAAAUAAAUAUUAACAUUCUUUCAUCAUAAGAGUUAAAUAAGUAAUAAUAAAUAAAUGAAUAUGAACCUCAUGAAUCAAUAGAAGAUAAUGUUCAAAAAAAUAUAAUAUAAUAAUAAGAUUCUUAAUAGUUAAGUUGUUAAGUGCAAGAUUAAAUUUCUAUAUAAAUAUAACAAUCUAAAGAAAUUAAUUAUAAAAUCCCAGAUUUAGAUAGCCAUGCAAAGUAAUAAAGUAAGUAAUCAACUGACAGCUAAGGUAUAGAUAGCUCAUAAGAAUAAAAAUAGAAUAGCUAAAUUAAAUAAUAUGAAGAUAUAUGA